UGUUGCUUCCACACUAUAUAUAUCAUGUUUAGAUCUGACUUUACAGAUUAGGGGUGAUUCGAACUCUGUUUCUGGUCGUGGAUAUCGUAUAUUCGGUCUCUGAUUGUCUUUUUUGGAUUUCAAAGGUUUUUUGUUUGCCUAGUUGUAUUGUUGUUGACACCCUCAGUACUUGUGUGAGCUUUUCUUCUAAUGUGAAACUUUAUUCCAUAUAUAUAUAUAUGCAGAACAAAAAAAAUUAGACUCCAUGUUAAACUAUAUCAGUAACACUGUUACUUUAAGGUCGUUUCACCUUCCUAAGUUGAGUGCCACAAUAUAUUCUUCUAUGGCAAAAUGCAAAAAGAAGUGCUAUUGAACUUCAUAGGUAUAGAAAAUCCCCCACGAGUUUCAGAUGCUAUAGGCUUGAGUAGAAAAUCAACAGAGCCAUUGAGCAGACAGUCGAGAGAAGCUUCCUUCCACCUAAUAGCAGUCGAUAGAUUCUUUUCCUAGUUGUUCCAUUCCCAGUUCCUCGAAUGAUUUUCCUAUGCUCAAUGGUACUCUUAUCAUUUUGCUUUUUCUCCUGUCCCUCCAGAGUUCCUUGGAUGAUACUUUUGCCAUUUCUUUCCCUCCCAGAACUAGCUAGAAACAAAACUCAUUGCAGUUUUCCACUUGAACUCAACUCAUAAUUAAGGGGAUAAAUAAGGAAUAAGAGGAAAAUGGGAGUCAAAAGUGUCCUGUAUUGUUGAAUUUGUAUUUUAUGUUGAAAAAAAAGAAAGAUUUUAGGUGAGUCAUUUUGUUUAUAGGGGUACUAGCUGCUAUGUUUUACUCGGUAAUGGGUUUAAGCUUUAACUGGUUACAGACCUUCCUCGUUUUUAAGCUGAAAAACAGAGCUAGAAAGUCAAGAUGUCGUGAAGGGAACGCUUUAGAAAUAUUAAGAGCUUUCACUAUAUAUUAGAAUAGAAGCAUGGCUUUAGAUAUAUUAAGGGCAGAUCACCUAAUUCUGAAUUGACAGGAAGUGUAUGUUAACGUCCCAAUAGAAGCAUCUCUUUGAAAAAUGUAUGCUCUCAACUUUGUCUACGCCCACUAGUUUUAUUAUUAUGCUUCAUCAGCAUUGAAACCCAUAUCAUCUCCAUCUCUCCUUUUUCUACUUCUGAUUACUUCCGAUCUCUCUCUCUCUCUCUCACACACACACACAAAAAAAUGCUUCCACACUUCUUUCCAACCAUCACCUUGACCUUCAUGAUUAUAGCCAUACCCUUAUUCCACUUCCCAUCAUGUUUGCACGCAAAUGAUAAUGAGCAGUACGGCAAUUGCACCGAACGAUUUGACUGUGCGAGUGCUAAGGAUAUCGGAUAUCCUUUCUGGGGAUCAAAUCGGCCGGCCUAUUGUGGCUACCCAGGUUUUGAGUUGGACUGCAGCGGUGAUGACCCGCAUAUCAACAUCACGUUCAUCAAAUACCGAGUCCUUGAAGUCGUUGAGGAGUCGCGGACUCUUAAGGUUGCUAGAGCGGAUUACUGGAAUAUGACUUGUCCUCCUACGAUUGUUAACACCACCAUAAAUUUCUCCAUCUUUUCUUAUCCUUCAAGUCUUGUGAACUUGACGCUCUACUAUGAGUGUUCGUUAUCUUCUUCCCUUCCUAAUCUUCCAAACCAGCUUGAUCAGAUGGCUAUACGGUUUAGCUGCCCCAAAAAUGGUAGUGCCGGGGCUACCAACUACUAUUCGAACUCGAUUGUUGACUUAUUGGAGGCGUGCAAGUACAACGUUAAAGUUCCAGUUGUGACACCAGCAGCACCUAUAAGUUUAACUGAAGAGGCACUGAUUGAAGCUAUUGAUGGGGGAUUCAUGUUGGAGUGGAAUGCAAGUAAUAGCAACUGCGAUGGAUGCCAAAGGUCCGGUGGGCUGUGUGGAUUCAACACAAGCACCAAUGUUUUUGCUUGCCACUGUGCAAGUGGGACUUUUCCGUUCACGUGCGGAUCAACAACAAUUGCACCAGGUAAGUUUCCAUUAUUCAUUUCUUGGCUAGCUGUUACCUUGUUCAAAUUUCUUGAAUGAAGGAAAAGCACCUCAGUAGCCGAAGCGCAUAAAUAUACUUUUCUCAAAACCAGAGGGUUAAAAUCAAGCAUUUAGGAAAAACUCCGAACCAUUUGUUUUCUAGCAUAUAUAGCAUCCAUCCUAUUCGAUCACGACCUAUACGGAACAUCCAGAUGUCUGGUGGUUCUUCUUCGACUAGCUACUGUUUUGAGAGGAUCCGCGAGGGAGGCAUUACUUUUCAUGUAGCUUGGUAUGAUUUUGUUUUUUUCCAAGUAAAUAACAGUUCUGUUUGUCAAGACCCAACAAUAAUACGAAUACAUAACGAAAAUAAUCACAAAGGAUCCCAGGAAAAUACAAUCACUAAUAACACAGAGUCAAUUCACUAACAUGUACAGAACCGGCUGGGUCUUUAUACAUGCUCUAGCAAAAGUUUGGCAGAAAAAUUCAGAAAGACAACAGAGAUUAAAGAUGUUCCAUAAUAGACUACUUUCAUGACAGAAAAACCUCAAAUCCCUCGUCAUUACUAUGACUUUCAUUGCUCUGUCUUACCACAGAACAGAGAAACUGCUUCUUUAAAUUAUAGGAUAAACGUUUGUUCUGGUCAACGAUGGACCAAGUCGAGCUAGGAUUUUGAUCUAACUAAUUAGGUAAGGCCAAGCAUCUUCUUGGGAAAAAAUUUAUUGGGGUAGGUAAACUUUAGUUUUUCACCUUAGGGAUAGGCUAUAGCAGCAAUUCAAGUGUAUGGCACUGUAGCCCACUUUGUGUUAUGCUCAAAGACUCAAACUGGGAUUAAUGGAAAACUGAUUUCAUCUGGUCCUCCUUGACCACAAACCAAUUACAUCCAUUUGGAUUUGGAUGCUCUUGCUAAGUUUUCAACUCAAGGUGCUAAAACUUUUCCUUUUCCCAUUGAAAAUCCAAAUCGUGAUUUUUUUCUAACUCCUAAUAUUGGUCUUCGAUCCCAUCCAAGUCCUUCUCUUUCUGCCACGACAAGCAAUGGGUUCCAUCCAAAAUCUUCAUUUUCAACUUGAUUUGUGCAGGCUUUUCCACGUCUGUUUUCUUAAUGCCUGGUAUUAGUAUAUGAUAAGAAUAAUGCAUGCUUCCGA